CGCCGCAUUUGAACAAAAUAAUCCCUUCGUUUUUCUGAAGGUGUGGGGAAUAAUAAUCCAUUUUUCUCCCCACCAGAACAAUUUUAAAUGUUACUGCGCUAAGAAAAGUUACCUAUGGGAAGAUGGUUAAGUGACUAGGUAAAGGGAAAGAAAAUAUGUCAAAAUAAAGUGCUGCGGAUGAAUUUUUUUCCAUGCUGUGAGGCGACGGAGUGAGAAGAGUGAAGGCGAUUGAGAGGGGCUCAGGGAAUUGUCCUCUGUGCAAGGGACUUUCUAUAGGCCUCAGACCCCUGCCUGCCCCUAUCGUCAGCAGAUUCUAGGCUUGAACCAUUUUAUUUUAGAGCAAGAAAGGAAUCCUAUCUACCUCCUUGAUAUGAAAUUGGAUUCCAAACAUAGAGAUGGAAACCUUGAUGACUAGCUCCACCCUGCCGCCCCUUUUUGCAGAUGAAGAUGGCUCCAAGGAGAGUAAUGAUCUGGCUACAACUGGGUUAACCCACCCAGAAGUUCCAUACAGUAGCGGAGCCACAUCAUCUACCAACAAUCCAGAAUUUGUGGAGGAUCUCUCCCAGGGUCAGCUGCUUCAGAAUGAGGCUUCAAAUACAACAGAAGGCACUGAACAGAGGCAUGAAGAUGAGCAAAGAAGUAAACGAGGAGGUUGGUCCAAAGGAAGAAAGAGGAAGAAACCUCUUCGAGACAGCAAUGCACCCAAAUCCCCCCUUACAGGCUAUGUUCGGUUCAUGAACGAGCGUCGAGAACAGCUUCGUGCAAAGAGACCAGAAGUCCCAUUUCCAGAAAUCACAAGGAUGUUAGGCAAUGAAUGGAGUAAACUGCCUCCUGAGGAAAAACAGCGCUACCUUGAUGAAGCAGACAGAGAUAAGGAGCGUUACAUGAAGGAACUGGAGCAGUAUCAGAAGACUGAGGCCUACAAGGUCUUCAGUAGGAAAACCCAGGACCGUCAGAAAGGCAAAUCUCAUAGGCAAGAUGCGGCCCGGCAGGCAACUCAUGAUCAUGAGAAAGAAACAGAGGUAAAGGAACGGUCUGUUUUUGACAUUCCUAUAUUUACAGAGGAAUUCCUGAACCACAGCAAAGCUCGGGAGGCAGAGCUCCGCCAGCUCCGGAAAUCCAACAUGGAGUUCGAGGAGAGGAACGCAGCCCUGCAGAAGCACGUGGAGAGCAUGCGCACCGCAGUGGAGAAGCUGGAGGUGGAUGUGAUCCAGGAGCGGAGCCGCAACACCGUCCUACAGCAGCACCUGGAGACCCUGCGGCAGGUGUUGACCAGCAGCUUUGCCAGCAUGCCCUUGCCUGGAAGUGGAGAGACACCUACCGUGGACACCAUUGACGCCUAUAUGAACAGACUGCACAGUAUUAUUUUAGCUAAUCCCCAAGACAAUGAAAACUUCAUAGCUACAGUUCGAGAAGUUGUGAACAGGCUUGAUCGUUAGGGAAUGGUCUUAGAGCUCCAUGACGUUCUGUAAGUGGUUUUUCUUGUGAGGAAUGAGAAGCCAUCCAUGGAAAUAUGAACUGAGUGGAGGCAGAGAGGGGGUACAGAUUGCUCUUCUUGGGAAAGAACUAUCAGUUAGGAGUUUAAUGCCUUCGCCCCGGGAAGCCAUAGGAGAGAGCAGCUAGAGGAACAUGGAUACGCACUUCCUGUGGAACCGUCCUUGUACAGCUUUGAAAGUGUACAGCCCUUCUCCUGGGUCUCCGGUUUCCUGGCAUCUGCAUUUCUUUCUGAUAAAGUGGGUCUGCAUAGAUUCUGCCGACCAGCCGCCCUGACCCUGCCCUCUCCUGCAGCAGGAAGGAAGCCUUCUCAUUGCUUCACUUCACACGGGACCCUUUUCUCAGUGGCUCCGGUUUUCUUACCUAGCUGUCACUUUGUUUUUUUUUUUUUGUUUUUUUUCAGUGCCUUUGGGGGUGAUGUUUUAUUUCCUUCACCUUCUUCAGGUUCGACAUCUCCAUUUUCUGACCUCUGGGCUCUGUUGCUCAGCAGGGCUCUGAAGGAGAGCUCCUCUCAUUGGACAGGCCCAGGCUUCUCCCAUCAUUGUCCUGCUGUGACUCCAAAGAAAGGAGCUUCUUGUCGACAGUGCCCUGUGGAGCAAGGCUGUGUUUCCUACCCCACACGGUACUCAGUGGGUGCCAGCCCUCACCGAGGCUUUGUGAUUGCUGCCCUGAAGGAGAAUGCUAUUUCCUUCCUCCUUGCUACUGCCUGCUGUUUCCUAAGCACUGCUCCUGCACAGACACGGUCUGGUCCCAGCCCCAGCAAGGCUCUUCUGUUCCCAUCUGUUGGCAGUGUCUUAUGGAGCAUUUUUGCUAAGGAAAAGGUCAUUGGCAAACAGGAGAGAACGGGAAAAGUAGUUUCUCAUUUGGCAUUAAAAACAAAAACCCAAAGUUUAUCAUGAGCGAGACCUGAGGGAAUCCCUGUAUGCUCUAGGUACAAGGAUAGGGACGGGUGGAAAUGUUCAAAAUCGUCUCUUGAGCUAAUAAGCAAGGGCACAGAGGAAUUUGUCUUCCCUCUGUAGCCACAACUGCAAAAUCUACGUCAAAAGGACAGGCUUCCCUUCCUUUUCCCCUCUUAGGAAGUGAUUUUUUUUUGUUUUUUUUUUUUAAACGCCAAAAGGGAAGACAGCCUUCUGAUUCUCACCUCAGGGUUUUGCUGUGUUGUGUUUUGUUGCUCUAGAGGGCAAGGCUGACAGUUGCAGCCGAGAUCUUUGGAACCAAAGUGGCACAUGCUGAGCCCAUUGUCUAGGCACCACGCCACUGAAGCAGGUGGAAGUGUGUCCCCCUCACAAUCUGCUCAUGAGCCAGGGUACAAGCCAGAAACCCCCUGUCGGGUUGCUGCACCAUCCUGUCUUCUCAGCAUCUCCUUACUGAUUUCUUUAUUAUCCCAAAGGAAAUAAAAUAACAACAAAAACAACCUUGUUAAAAAAUGUCAUGUGAGCACAUGUCAAAUUUCCACGCACUGAAGCCCACACACAACUGCCUGGCAGUUUCUUAGAAUAAGAGCCCAUCUAUCUGUCGCCGUAAGCCUAGCCUGCUUUGUUCUGUUUUCCUGUGUUCCUGCCCUCACCUGCUGUUCUUGUCACUUCCCUCAGCCUCCCUGCAUGCUCAGUCCAAGCUAGAAUAGCCUGUGUGUGGCAGAAGGACAGCCAAGCCAGUUCUGGAAGUUUGUAUCUGCCUUUCUGCCAGACACUUUGUCUCCUUUUUCUUUCCUCCUCGUAUUUCUCUCUGUUUCUCCUUUGUGUCCGUUUUGUGCCCCUUUGUUAGCAGCACUGUUGACCAGGAAAGGCUGUAACUUGGUCCAAAGAUUAUCAUUCUCGAGACUCUAGCAAGGACAUCUGACAUUGACUUGAGACAUUUGCAUAUUCAGGAAUGCCCCAGAUCUUGCCUACACUCUGAAACCAUUUUCACAAAAUACGCAGCCUGCUUUCAAAAUCCUGCCUCUCCCAGUAGCUACACACCUGACUCUGGUGGCUGGGAUUCAGCCACCACAAAACUGUCCGAUUCUGUAAAGCAGGUCUGUGUUGUUCAACCAGGAGGUGGUGAGUGGGCUAACGCAGUACGCAAUUCAUGUUCCCCAAUAAACUUGUAGAUAUUCUAGCACACGUAUAGGUUCUUCUCCAGAAAUAACUUGUUGCCUAUUCAGUGUUAACAGAUCUCUUUUUUUCUUUCAUUAAAACACAAAGGAGCAGCUGAGGAAAGUAAGACAAAGUGUUUUAUUUCUGACAACAUUAAAUUUUAGGGGGAAAAAAUUGUGUAUAUGUGUUUGGAACUGUUGAAAUGCCAAGUUUUCUGUACAAGUGUUUUUGUAAUUAAACUUUUAGAUUUUCUUUGUUUUUGAAGAAGUUGAUAUGCUUGCUUGACACUUGCCUCAUUAAAACUUUUCUAUGUUGAAUCCACCUCAUUCAAUUUUCCCUGCAUUGUAAUUGGAAAAA